AUGUACACCCAAUACAAGCUAUUGGAUCUGGUGGAGGGGAAGGAGAAGAUGCCGGAGGCCGUGGAGCUGAAGGGAGCAUGGAUAAAGCGGUCGUUCGACGCGUACAUGCUCAUGUCGUGGUCUGCCCUUGCAAUCAACCUCAACUCUCAACAGCCCCAGUGGAGCGUGGAUUACAUUCGCGCGCGCAUCCUAGAGGAGGACUUGCGGUGGCGGAGUGUGCAGUGCUCGGAGGAGGGGGCUGGUUAUGGAGUUGGAGGUGGAAAGAGUGGCUUCAAGAAGAAGUGGAAGGGCAAGAACAAGGACAACCCUAAGGAGGAUGGCGGUGGGGGUCAAGGGGAGGUGUGCUUCUAUUGCAAGAAGCGCGGACAUCGUUGGCGGAAGUGCUACCAACGACCCAAGGAUUGGACCCCGCCUUCAUCAAGCAACCAGCGUGGUGGCACGAGGAGUGGGGGAGUCAUGGGAGCUAGUGGAGAGGAGAAGGGGAGGAGAAAGGCGGCAAAUCUGGGGAGCAGAAGGCCAGGUUCUUCUUCUUCGUGA